AUGACAGUGUUGCUAUCCGGACGUCAUUUCGGCCUUCUUCCGCGACUUGCAUCGGAAAUCAACAGUACUAGUCGUAUUCUUUUCAGCGAGUCACAACAAUUUUGGGGACCGUACACUCCAUACUAUCCUGUCGAAGAGUACCAACAGCCUCCCAUCGGAUGUAGUAUAACCCAGGCAAGUACACUCCUUCAGCGCCAUGGCGCACGUUAUCCCACCAGCGGCGCCUCUAAAAGAAUCCAAAGGAGUUUGCAGAAAUUGUUGAACGCUUCCAAAUAUACCGAUAUGAAGCUGGAAUUUCUUCGUUCAUACCAAUGGCACCUUGGUGUAGCUGAUCUUGUGCCCUUAGGCUCCACACAGUCAUUUCAUUCGGGUGCAGAAAUAUACCAUCGGUACAGCCAUCUUGUUGACGAUCAUAUGUUACCCUUUGUCAGAGCGUCUGGGGGAGAUCGCGUAGUGAUGUCUGCUGUUAAUUGGACUGCAGGUUUUGCCGAUGCAAGUCGACAGCUCUAUCAUCCAUCAGUCUCAGUCAUAAUAUCCGAAGCAGACACAUCGAACAAUACCUUGAAGAACAGCAUGUGUCCCAACUCCCGAGCAUCAAAAAAUGAAACGAAUACGUGGCGAGAUAUAUUCUCACCUUCGAUCGUACAUCGCCUCAAUACAGCUGCUGUUGGAGCUGAGAUUCUCAGCCAGGACAUUCCCGAGCUAAUGUCGUUAUGUGCAUUCGAGACUGUAUCUGAGGAGAAAGAAAGCCAAUUUUGUGAUCUAUUCUCUCUACAGGAGUUCCAAGCCUACGAACAUUAUCAAGACCUGCAGAAAUACUACAUGACGGGGUACGGAAAUCCUCUGGGCCGUGUGCAAGGUGUCGGCUACGUGAACGAGCUUCUUGCGCGUCUCAAGGGGACACCUGUCGAAGAUCACACGCAAACCAACACCACUCUUGACUCAUCACCGAUCACGUUCCCACUCGAUAGAACGGUCUACGCUGACUUCUCUCACGACGAUGAGAUGGUUGCCAUCUAUAGUGCACUUGGACUGUUCCCCCAGACACAUCCUCCUAGCUCCACAGAGGCUAGCCCGCAAUCGACAUGGGUAGUUUCUCGUCUUGUGCCUUUCUCUGGGCGGAUGAUCACGGAAAAGAUGCAGUGUUUCGAAGCGGGGAUACCAAGAGAUUUUAUUCGAAUUCUCAUCAACGAUGAAAUCCAGCCUUUGGCGUUCUGCGGUGCGGGUGAUGGAUUGUGUGGGCUGGAAGCAUUCGUGGAUAGCCAAAUCUAUGCUAGACACAAUGGCGAUGGUGAUUUCGAAAAAUGUUUUCUAGAGUAGAUUGUGACCCCCUUGUGGGGGGUGGUUGUAAUAUUAAUAGCUGACGUAACCGUAUGUGCCCUUGGAUCGAGACGACACAUCAC